AAAAAUUAUGAAAACAAUGGAAAUAAUACGAAAGCUAUUUACCUAAUCAAAAAAAUAAAGAAAAGAGUAGUAUACUUUUACAAACAAAAAUGAAAGGUAGGUAGCAGUGGAAUUCAGGACAUGCUUUUCAUCCCACUUAGAACUCGUCGUUUGAAUGUUGGUACAUUUUAGAAUUAAUGUUCACUCUGAGAUACAAACCCAGUACCAGUCCAAAUAGGAGAAAACACGCGUCCUGGAUUCUACUACUAGUCACCAUCAUUUUCCUUAUAAUGCGUGUGACUUAAGGCGAUACCGAAAUAAUCCGUACAGGAUACAUAUAUGCCAAUAAGAGACUGAUCAAUCGCAAUCUCGAACAUCAGUCGGAAGAUUCAAACAAACAACACAAAAAACAGACUAUGAGGAACCAGAAAGUCAUAUUGUUCGACAUAAGCCUGUUGGUAUUAAAACAUUGUUAAGGAAAACAAGAUUCUCAAGAAAAGAAUUACAAAUUAUGUAUCAAGGAUUUAAACAAGAAUGUCCAGCUGGUACACUUAACGAGGAUUCAUUUAAAGAUAUAUACUGCAAAUUUUUCCCUCAAGGAGAUGCAACUGUAUAUGCUCAAUUAGUAUUCAGGUCAUUUGAUCAAGAUCGUAAUGGGACUUUAACAUUUGAACAAUAUAUUCAAUGUUUAUCAUGUUUAAUGCAUGGCACACAAAAUGACAAAUUACGUUGGGCAUUUCGACUGUAUGAUAUUAAUGGUGAUGGUUAUGUGACUAAAGGUGAAAUGCUUAAAGUUGUCAAUGCAAUUUAUGAUUUAUUGGGAAGAAAUACGGAACCACCAAUUAAUGAGUCGACCACAGCUAAUCAUGUAGAAAGAGUAUUUCAAAGAUUAGAUUUAAAUCAAGAUGGUGUAAUAAGUUAUGAAGAAUUUUUACAGGCGUGUGCUUAUGAUCAAACUGUUUGUGAUGCCCUUGAUAAACUUACAACUAUUUUAUAA